CAGCCCUGCGAGUCCAUCUGUGAGAGGACUGCAUCCCAAAAAGCUUCCACAUGGCUUGCUUUCCUCUCUUUCCCCAAUCUGAACUCCUUAUCCACACCGAAAAGCAUUUUCCUCCUCUUCCUCCGGCGAUAUUGAUGUCCACAAAUCAGGGAAAAAAAUGGAGGCGAGGGGAAAGGAAGCCAUGUCAGAUUUGUUUGAACUGAACUCAUACGUGUCAGCACAUGGUGUCAAUAAUGUUCUGCUAUGAUAUGACCCCUCACCUCUAACACUGACCCCCCCUCCUGUCUGACCUCCACCGGACUCUCAACACAGUGAAGUGACCCAAGAAGUAAUCAAUCAGACCCAGUGAGAACAAAGGUACACCAGUCCCAAUUGCUUUAACAAUGAGCUCUGCUGCUGGGUUGCAAGCUGUGUUUGCAGAUGCCUUCUAACCCUCACACACACUACCACAAAAAAACCGAAAAAAAAAAAACCGAGUAGACCGAAGUCACACGGCAGCCAUUUUCCUCUGACAUCACACUCAGGGUGCUAAGGUCAUAGGUUGUACUGCCGUGUGCUGGGUUGCAAAUCAAAUAAACAUAGGCAAUCCGACACAGUUGUUUUUCCACUGUUUUCCAAUUGAUUAGAAGCUGUAGAGACAACAGAUAGUUUGAUCCGGAGGGGCAUUAGGCCACGUUUCAAGGUAAAACCACAGCUUUUGAUUAGCUCUCAUCAGACAACAGCAUUAGCAAUCAGCCACAUUCUAUCUAAUGUUACUGUGUGAUACAAUAAUGUUAGAUUCAGUACUAUCAGGAAAGGUGUACUCAUUCAGAUAUAUCAACAUACAUCUUUGAGAAAUGUAUUUAAAUAUUUAUUUAAGGAUGUAAUUAAACCAUAAUGUUAGCAAAGAAGUUGUUGAAUGCUAACAUCAGCUAAAAGGUUAUCAAAUAUGUUGUUUUACCUUUAAAAAAAAUGGCAGAUUGUGCCUCCAUAUUUUCACUAUCCAUCAUCUUUUCAGUUCCUAAUCAAUUGAAAACCUUUAAAAUGAAAAACAGUUUGUCGGAUUACUUCGGUUUACCUUGCAGCCUCAAACACGGCAGCGUCAGAUCAUCCCAGCAUUGAUUCCAACCCCGAGCAUGAUGUUGGGGUAAAAUGGCUGUAGUGUGAAUGAGGUCUAUGAUGCACUUCUUCAAGUUCAGUCAAAUUCUGAUGAAAACCAUCCAAAAAUAAUUGAGUGCUACCAUGUAUUUAAUUACAUGAAUACAUAUUUAGGGGCAAAAAGAAGAGUUUUUUUUCUUGUGUCUAUAAUAAUAUGAUGGUGCUCUAUGGGGAAAAUGCUUUUAAGGACACAGUUUUUAUUUAUUUUUUUAUUUUAUUUUUUGCUGCAAUACCACAAGUGGCCACUGGGCAAAAUUUGAAGCAAGGCUUGGUGGCACCUUCAUAUCCAGGUCUAUGAUACAUUCUCUGUUUACGUGACAAUGAGUUGCUUUUUUGUCCAGAGCUGACACUACCUCCGUGUCAGUAAGCUUAGAACGAAGCUACAGCCUUAGCUUAGCUUAGCUUAGCACUGACUGGAAACAGGCUGGCUGCGGUAUAUUUACCAUUUAUGCAUCUGAAUGUUAUGAGUCCUCUCAUGCAACUCUUUGUAAGAAAGUGAGUUAGCACAAUUCCCAGUCUGUCAAACUUUUCUUCAAACUUUAUUCAUCUAUGAUUCAAGCCUCAGCCAGCAGCCAGUUAGCUUGACUUAGCGUAGACUUGAAACAGACUUGCUGUAGCUUCAUAUUUACUGUACAAACACGAGAGUGGUGUCAGUUCUCACAUCCACCUCUUGGCAAGCAGUCGACUAUCUAAGCACAGCAGCUAGUUGGCUGUAGCUUCAUAUUUAUCAUAUAGACAUUAGAGUGGUAACCAUCUUUGAAUCUCUCUGCGAUGAGCAUAUUUCCUAACACAUGGAAUGGAUCCAUUCUUUUAAGCUACUUUCCUCUCUAGCUAACUAACAGUUAGUCGGUGCAGUGUACUCUGUACAGCACAGGCUCUCCGCCUUGGGUUUAUUCAUUUAUCGUUGAAUAGACUAUUUUGAUUUCGCAUCUGGAAAAUGUCCAAUUUCUAACAAAUCUCCGCCAUCAGAAGUGCUGCGGUAUUGUAGCAAUAGCAUCCAUUACACCAGCUAUUGAAGGGCACAUCUGACGAUUGAUUGCUUCAACAAAACAGUCUCUUGUGUCUUACGUCAAGUGUACAUACCGCUUCUCUCUCCGUACAAAAGGAUUAACGAUCCGUUGCAGUGUUUACAGAAACACUCGUGGCCUCAGAUGAAGGACACUAAGCUCUUGACAGUAAUCACAGCCACAUAGCUUCUGGAUGUUCCUCUGACUCACUCCUCUUUCGGUGGGUUUUUAAAAAAGACAUAAGAGGGUCAGCCCCGCAGGUGGACCUGACUCUCAGGUCACAGAGAGAGAGCUGACUCCAAAAGCUCGGCCUUCAACAGGAUGUCAGACAGUCAAUUCUGCAGUUCUUAAUGUAACACGUCUUUGUUUGGGGUCUCUCGGGAGUGAGAAGACCUUGCGUCUGGACGAGAGUGCAUUUCUGUCCAAAGAGCAGAUUUAUUCAGCUAAGUAUGAAUUGCUCUCAGAGGAGCACUCGCAGCAGAAGUGCACCUUCACUUUAUACAUUGCUCUUCGAAGGGAACAUAAAAGCAUUCAGCGCAAGAUGAAUCGCUGGUGUUGAGUUUAAUAAGAAUCUGUUUAUUUUGUGCCGAAAGUCUUUCGUGAAUCUCUUUUUGAGUAAACACACGGCGGCACAGUAAAGCCUGACCGAGUGGGGUUUCCAUGUGCUGUCUUUGCUGAGAACACAGAAGCGUGGAGGAAGCAAAGAACCUGUUGACUUCUUUUCUGGUCUGUUCCAAAGUGAUUUUUUUAACAUUUCCACUAAAAGAAUAAUGGUAACAAAAUGGAUGUUUUGGCGAGUAAAGGGUGCAACAGGUCGGGCAGGCCGGAACAACAGGUUGUUACUUAGGAGGGCCGCAUUUGACAAAAACAUGAAGUGCUGAGGAGACUUUUACAUUCCUCAUGUUUGAUGUGUAAAUGUGUGAAAACAAAAAAAAAAGGUUAAUUAUUUGGUAAGUUAGUUUCCAGGACUGAAAAAGAAACAUUAUUUAGGCAAAAGUUCAGGAAAAAAAAAACAACGCACCUUUUUAGUCUUGGAGGCAGGGGUGCUGUGAUAUGAUGAUAACUGUGAUAUUCAAAAAGAAAUAUCACACAAAUGAUGACGUCAGGUGACCAGUUCAGCACAUUUCUGCUAAUUUUCUAUUAUUGCCCUGAUAAUAUUAUCACGGAGUUGCUCAUGGCGCCAUGUAACCUCGUAGUGAAAAUCUGAUAUCCUGACAGCCCUACGUGGAAGUAUGCUCUUAGCUUGAGUGUCCUAAAUUCCCUCUGCUUUAACAGCCAUGGUAAACAACUUUCUGAUUAAAUAAAAAAGUGCCUGCGCUUAAGAACAUACAGAACUAAUUAAAGAGCUAAUUAGCCUACAUAGGAAAUGAUGAGACGGCCGGAGUGAGGCCAUCAGAGGGCCGCGUUCUGCUCACGGGCUGCAUGUUGAACAGGUCUGACGCGCUGCAGGCUGAAGAUUCUGUGGCCUUCUCGUCUGACUGAACUCUCAGGUGGAUGCUUUUUGGGUCAAGGCUCAUUAGCUUCCCAGGAGUCCUUGCAGUUUUAGCACUGAUGGCUAAUGCCCAUGUACAGCCGGUGGGUGAGCCAUAGAGUAAUAGAGUAUGGCUAAACUCUGGGGACUUGAAUGAGGAGAGCUGUCCAGUAUUUGUGCUGAUGUGGAGGUUUUCUUCAGUGAGUAUUUGAGGAGACAGGUGACUUCGAGGGUCUGUCAUGUUUGGUGUCGAAUGGAAAAUAAAAUAAAAUGCCGAUGUGCUGGCUGUCAGUGAAAAGACGACACAGACCGCACAACACCACACAUAUUAUUACACUUAUAUUGUGAGCAGGCAGAGCGACAACAAUGCGUUCAAUAUUGUGGGCGAUUCAUGUUGCCUCGCCGGCCACCGAGCACAAAGCUGGUGCUAGGUUGCCACCCGCUGGUGAGGACACAGCAAUGGUGAAACAGAAGUGAAUCAUUCUCUGGGCUUGAUUCAUACAUAAAAAAUGUGAACAGGAAACAUUUUUACCCAACUUAAAGUAACAUCACAGGUAAGCAAAAUAAGACUGCAGGGAUUCAUUCAAGGAGCAUUUAUGGGACGUAUUUGCAAUCUCAAGGCAGAAUUUGGCUGCGGUAAAUAAUGAAAACGAGAGACCCUUUUCAUCCCUUUUCACCGAGCUGUUGCUGGAGGCUGAUUUUGACAGAUGAGUCAUGUUUCGUUCGACGGCUCAAACAGCUGUCCGCUUAAUGGACUCCUGAAGUGAGGAGCCUGUUUAUAGAAGCUGCACCCUUGUUUGCAGCGUCGCUGGCAGAGCGCUCGGCUUGUUGUCAGGCAGCCAAAGGCUUAGGAUGUUGUGAGGAGGGGAGAAGGCUGUUUAUUUUGAAGAAAUUACUCACCGUCUACUUUUGAUUCCCCCACCACCGCCGCCACUGGACUGAAUUAACAUUUUGUUUUCUCAUCGCUCACUAUACCCACUGCCACCUCUGCCUUCACUCACGCCCUCAACCACAUCACCCACAUGUCACCCCUCCCCCUCUCCUCCAACCCGCCCCACUCAGACUCGGACAGCCUCUCCAGCCCCACCCGCCACAGCCUCAGCCUGUCAGACGGGGAGGACCAGCUGGACCGCCUCCAGCAGGUGGAGCUGGCCAGGACCACACCCAUGUCCCAGUGGAGGGCGGGCACCGUGCAGGCCUGGCUUGAGGUUGUCAUGGCGAUGCCCAUGUACAUCCGCACCUGCUCAGAGAAUGUCAAGAGCGGAAAGGUUCUGCUCGGGCUGACAGAUGAAGACCUGGAGCUCGGUUUAGGUGUCAGCAGCCUGAUGCAUCGCCGCAAACUCCGCCUGGCCAUCGAGGAUUACAGAGAGGCUGAGAAUGGUAGAGGGUUAUCCAAGGCUGCAGACAUGGACCACCACUGGGUGGCCAAGGCCUGGUUAAGCGACGUGGGCUUGCCUCAGUACUCCCAGGCCUUUCACAACCACUUGGUAGACGGGCGCAUGCUGAACUCCCUGACGCGCCGUGACCUCGAGCGUCACCUCAACAUCACCAAGAAGUUCCACCAGGUCAGCUUGCUGCUGGGCAUCGAACUGCUGCACUUGCUCAGCUUUGACAAGGAGGCACUGCAGGCUCGCCGGAUACAGUGCGAGCACCAGAACGUGGAUCCAUUGGUAUGGACCUCUCACCGGGUCAUCAAAUGGAUCAAAGACAUAGACCUGAAGGAGUUUGCGGAAAAUCUUCUGAACAGUGGCGUUCACGGUGCUGUCAUGGUGCUUGACCCCUCGUUUAACACCGACUCCAUGGCAACAGUGCUGGGGAUCCAGAGCGGCAAGCACAUGGUUCGACGACACCUUGUCGAGGAGAUGAAAGCCCUGAUUGGCUCGGCCAGGGCGGAUACCAAGCAAGACAACGAGUGCAUUGGCCAGGGAACGCCACCAACCCUCCUCCGCCAGAACUCUGUGGGCAGACCGCCCAGCUCCACGGGCCGACACACCGAUGAUGAAGGCUCGCUGAGACGGAGGGCUGUCAAGCCUCCAACAGGGUUCAGCCCCAAAGGCCGCAACGGGCGAGACCUGAGCUGCCACGGCAGCUACGGCUCCCUGCCUCGGGAAGUUCGAGACCAGACUCCUCCUAGAACCGAGGGGAGCCCGAUCCGCGGUUACACCAGCAUCGAGGUCACCAACGUGUGAGGUCAUCGGAGUCGUGACAAACACCAGACAUCAGCUUCAUCACACAUAAAUCGACAUGAUGGACAUUUGUCUUCCAUGUGCACCUAAACAUGGGAUGGUUAUCAUUUUCUUUUUCUAAAGAUGAGCCUUUACAGGACAGAUUGCACUUUUCAAACGAGGCAGGAUUCUUUUUUACAAGAAUCCUGGUUUAAGAAAAAAAAUUAAAACCUUGUUGGACUCAUGCGGGCGGGUGCUAUUUUGAUGUUUCUGAGGGCAGUAAUUUCGCCAGAAUCAAGAGCUGAAGGAUUCAAGCUAAAUGAUUAUUUUUGUAUUUUUAUGUGUGUAAAUGGUUCUUUGUGAACCAGGAUGUGACAUGUCUUUGUUGACUAGUUGCUACUGACAGACAGUCUGUUUCUCUGAGCGAAGUGAGAUUAAAAAAGAAAAAAAAAAGAGUGUAAUAUACAGGGUACUUUAUGACAAAAGGAAAAAAGUUUCAUAUCAGUGUAAAAUGUUCAUGUUUCAUUCAGUUCUGCUGUUUGUGAUGCCUUGUCAGUGUAGCUGAGGACAAUGGACAAAAAAAAACAACUCAAUUUUAAAUUCUAGAUUAUAUGUUUGAUGUCAUUUUUCAUCUUGCACACCUACACAGUUGUGUCCAGACAAAUGUAGCACCUCUUCUUAUGUUUUAUACUGUGCGGUAAACAUGAAAAAAAAGAAAAAAAGAUAUUUGAACUAUGCCAGAAAAAAAAAGAUGACUGCAGAACUGUAUGUCCAUGGAAGCCCGGAGCCUGGAAAGUGUAAGGAUGCAUAUAUGUGAAAAUGAAAGAGUUCCUUUUAAUGAAAUAAAGACGAUAUCUCGUA